AUGGUGCUGAACAGAGUAACCUACAGACGUCGUCUGUCCUACAACACUAAAUCCAACAAAACCCACCUAACCAAGACACCCGGUGGUAAGCUUGUAGUCCACUACGCCACCAAGAAAACCAACAUCAGCAAGUGUGGGGACUGCAAGCAAGGUUUGAGGGGUAUCCCUGCUGUACGACCUGUUAAGUUAGCGUCCCUCUCACGACGGGUGAAGACUGUUAACAGAGCUUAUGGAGGCAGCAAGUGUGGCAAGUGCGUCAGGAGUAGGAUUAUCCGAGCUUUUCUCAUUGAGGAACAGAAGAUUGUCGCUAAAGUCUUGAAAGCUCAGGCCUCUAAGGCAUAA